GAAGAAGACUCGACGAACCAUAUCCGACCCUGUCUGUUUGCUGCGUCGACCAACAACCACCCACUCAUUCAGCACUGCCUCCUUCCCACGGACAGACGUCCCCUCCUCCCCAAACCCACACCGUCACCCAAUCCCCCCCCUCUCUUCAACGCCAGUGGCUUUCAACGUGCAAGAUGGCCCACCACAACCUCAUCAUCGACGAGCGCGCAGAGAGCAACGAGCUCGAAACGUCCGUUCCACAACACGCGCUGCCCACCGCCAUUUUGCAGCCCUCCAUGAUGCACACUGACGCGUCAGACGAGCCUCCGGCGCUGCCAUUUCACCAUCCCAUGUUUGCCACGCUUGCCCGACCGGCUAGCAUGGGCGAGGACUCGCUGUCAUCGCCGGCUGGGCAGCACGGCUGGAACCACUUCUUUAGUCAACACGAGCCUGUCUUCCAGGCAAACGUGGAAGAGGAAUUGGCACAUCGGAUGUGCGUCGCCCUCCCCUCCGCGCAUGCUCGCUCUCAUCAACCGCGUCGCACAACGGGAGUGCGUGGCCACCAGAAGCGCACCCGCUCUCACGGGCCACGGUCGGUCGCCCCUGCAUCUUGCUCGCGCGAUCCGGGGCAACAUGAGCGGCUUAAUGGAGGCGAUCAUGAUGGAGCACAUCACCACCAUCAAGUGCGCUUUCCGGGAGCGGUCUUUCGUGCCAAUGGCAAGGGACCAAACUCAGCACAUUUCCCUCUUCUCGAGUCCUCGCCUCGCGAUCCGGGAAAUUCCCAUCGCCAACCUCACACCAAGUCACGCGGACCCCCACCCACGGCCAAGUUGACGCGUGAACGCAAGCACGAGCAGGACCACACCCACCAAGGCUGCCCCUGACUGCCUGAUUGCCUGAUUACCUGAUGGGUUGAGCUAUCGCGUUGCGCUCUGGCUGCCAUCCUCGUUUCCGGCGUUGUUUAUUUGCUUUGCACUCUUGUUUGUUUGGCACUUUUGCACUUUGCAGCCCAGUUUCGGUUCACGGUGUUGAUGUGAGUCAUGUGCUCUCUCGCGCAUGUCCCGUGCACGACCUGUCUCCCCUGCGCCUCCUUGUUUUAAUGAUAGUCGUUGCCUAACUUGCGCGGAGUUGUGCACAUGCACGUGCACGCUCCACCGGGCCCUCUCGUCUAGCGCGAGCAGCCGUCCUUCUAUUACACCUUGCGUUUUCAUGCUUUGCUUUUCAUGUGCGGGCGUUGUUGCGCGUUGCCGUGUGUCACUGCUCCCAUGCCGAAGCAAUACACGCUCUUCUCAUUGCCA